GCCAGUGGUCAUCCUGCUCACUCUGCCGUGCCUCCGCCUUGCGGGGCGAUGUAAACAACCAGGCUGAAGAGUAACAGCAACAGUUGUGCCAGCGAUUAGUCAACUGGAAACGGUUGCCGAGAGCAACAGCAACAACACAACACCGAACGGUAGUGGAAGAAGCAGAGAACAAGAACUGGGCGCUUGGAAAAAUGUUGAGCGGGGAAAAAGAAUAAUCGUUUAAUUCGCCUAAAUUGGGUGCCCGUGAAAUAAAAAAAAAAACAUUGUUUAAUUAGUCCCAAUCAGGGCGGACGUCGCACAGGAGGUGCUCAUUUGCCAUACGCCACUCAGUCGCCAUGGAACCGAGAACGCGCGGAUUUGGAAGCGGACACCGCCCAGUUCUGCUGCUCGGCCUCGUGGCUGUGUUCUGUUCACUGCCGCCAGGAGUGGCACCCGCUCCCGAGGAGAACCCGGUGUACUACUACGUCGGUUGCUACACUGCGAGGACGGAUCUGCUGAAGGAAUCCGUCUAUGCCAAGACCCCGCAGACAUGCAUCGAGAUCUGCGAGCACCAGGAGCACCACUAUGCCGUCCUGGCGGGGGAGAAAUGUUUCUGUGCGAACGCCAUCGUGCCCACGGAGGAGCAGGAUGAGCAGCUGUGCAACACUCGCUGCCUGGCCAACAAGGCGCAGUAUUGCGGCGGCGUUGGUGUGCACUCGUACUACUCCACCACGCCAACUAGGCAGCCGGCACCGCAUCAUCUGCAUGUGGCCAACAAAACAGAGAAUAGCCUCACUGUUGCCUGGGAUGCCUAUGAGCCGAGGAAACUCCUGCUCGCAGGAGCUGCAGAGGCAGUUCUGCCCAACCAGCAGCUGGCUAGCUUCCUGAUACGCGCCCAGGUGUUGAACACCUACUCCUCGCUGCCAGCCUUCCCUCAGCCCGAGUUCAUGGUCCAGAGCUCGGAGACCAAGUUCGAGCUCACGGAUUUACAGCCAGCUACGCUAUACAACGUCACCGUACGUGCCAUCUGCCGGGAACAGCCGCAGGGAGAGGCAGAGUGCGGCCAGGCCACGCUGCAGGCCAGCACAGAGGUGGGUCUGCCUAGCCCUUCACCGGCGCAGGCCAAAAUUCUUAACCGCACCGAUCGUACUAUCACUGUAGAGCUCUCUCCCAUCCGGAAUGACAAUGGACCGGUGAGUCAGCUCCUGGUCAUUGUGGAGUAUGUGGACAAUGCGCUGAGUCAGCCCUUUGAUGCUCAACUGCUGGGCAGUUGGCAGAAGGCACAGCAGGAUGGACUGCCCUACUACAUAGCCGCCGAGCUGGACUACGAUCGACCGGAGGACAAUCGCACCCGGAGCUUUGUGGUGGGCGAUGGAAAGCGAUAUGGACGAUAUCAUAAUGCACCCUUAGAUCAGGCAAACGCCCAUGUCCACAUAAGUCUGGGAGUGGUGAGCACCCUUGAGGGCGUGACCAAGACGAUGUACAGCCGUGGCACACACGACCAGCACGUGUCCUCGCUGGACGACUUCAGCUACGCCACCUUCGAUAAAGGUCAGUCCUCGGUGGUAGCCUUGGCCGUUACCUGUGUGAUCUUUGGCACAUGCCUGCUGCUUAGCCUCAUCGCCUACUUCUAUUUACGCUACAAGACCUGCCGCGGUCGAAGAUUGACGGGACGCAAUGGCCACGAGAUGACACUGCAGACGCCAAUCAUUGAGAGGGAGAACAAUGGCUACCUGGUGGAGGACGAACCACUGCCACAUUCGCCGGAAAACUUUAAGAAUCAGCUGCAACAGCUGGUGGAGGGAUUCGAGCGAAUACCGAGGAAUGGCUUGCGUCUGAAUGUAAACGAUGUGAUCGGAGACGGACGCUUCGGAGAGAUUAUAACGGGAAAGGUUUCCGCGAACGAUACUAUUCGGGAUUGCACUCUGCACGUGCUCUGCCUGGACGAUUUGAAUGGAGUUACCCAAGCGCAAUUGCUAAGAGAGAUGCGCCAGCUAGUGAAUUUAAAGCGACAGGAGCACCUGCUGGAUUUCUACGGAGUGUCAGCCAGUCCCGACUGGUUCUACCUAAUCUUCGAGCAACAACGCGUCAGUCUCAAGCGCAGGCUGGUGGAGAGUCGCCUUAUGGCCCCAUCCCCUCGCAUCACUUCCCUCUCGGAGCAACUGGUGCUGCAGUGGAUCUACGAGCUGGCCAGUGCCAUGUCCUAUCUGACCCAGUGCCAGGUUGUGCAUCGCCAGCUUUGCUCACACAGUAUUUUCGUGACCAGUGAGUCCAAGCUGAAGCUGAGCGUCUUUGGACCCCUGCAGUUUAUGAACAACAAUCGCCAGCAGCCGGACCACAGCAGAUGGCUGGCCCCGGAGGUGCUGCGUCACCAGCAUCAUCACUCUGCUCGCUCCGAUGUGUGGUCACUGGCCUGCGUGGCCUGGGAAUGCUGCUCCCUGGGCGGUACUCCCUAUGCCAAUGUGGUAGCCAGCAGCCAGCAGCUCCUCGAUGCCAUACGGGCAGCAGUGCGCCCCGCACAGCCAGCGUACGUCUACGGGGAUCUCUAUCAGCUACUGCUCAACUGCUGGCAGCUGGAGCCGAGCGAGCGCAGUAGCUGCGAGGACGUGGCCUUCGGAGUGCGUCAGCUGAUGACUUCACCGCGUCAUGCCCUCAGCUUCGAUCGAGUGAUGGGCGGCCUAGACACCCUGCCGCCGUACCUGCCGCAGCUGGAGACGAUUGCAUCAAUGGGAUGAGGAAUGAGAGGUGUAGCCGAAUAGAAUAAUUAGCUUUAGUCAGAGAGACAGUAGAUUUCGGUUAUGAGUCACUCUUUCGCUAAGAGAAAAUAUCUCUUACGAAUAAGUUUGUUUGCAUUUUGAGUUUGAGUGAGUUUGAAAUUGUUAUAUUUAAAAUGAUAUUUUAUGUAUUGACUAUUUAGUGUUGUGCUCAAAAGAAAAUAGAUUUUAGGAUAAACUUUAACGUAUUUGCUUUACCAAUUUCUUGUUUAGUUCAGUAUUGCAAACCAUGAUGAUACAUUUUGUUUGCUUUAUUUAUUUUUCUCUACCUUUUAACCGACAUCUACUGCAUUUAGGAUGACGCUAUCAGAACAGAGUCUCUAGAAUCUAAAGCAUUUUUAUGUAAAUAUUUACAUGAAAUGCACUGCAAAUAAAGUUGCGUUCUAUGUCA